UGCCAAGAUCAACAAACGAGGAAGCGAAGUCAUGAAGUUCACAUGAAUGACUGAAACUGAAAAAGAAAGCAACGAAAGCAUAAUAUGUCAAACAUUCAAAUGGCAAAGCAGAGGUUCUACAGCUGGAUGAAGAAUGGAUAGAGAGCCCAAUAUUAAACAAAAGAAAAUGUUAGGCCAGACAACCAUGCCAUCUGUGUCUGAACUUCUGCUCAAGUUCAAGCAAAAUGAAGAAACCAGUGGCAGUCCAGCCAUAAAGAAGACUCCACCUUCUCCUUCAGGAUUCAAGCCAGCUAUAACUUCAACUGUUAAUAAAGGUAACAGCAGACCCAGCAAUCCAUAUGUACCGUUUAGAAAGCAGUCAAAUACAAAUGAAGACUUAGAGGGUGGGGACAUAAAGCCAAGUGAAAGAGCAAAGUCAAAGAUAGUUCUCAAACCUGCAUUAAUGAAUAUAGAUAAACCAAAGGAAAAAUUACAGAAAAUGUCAGAUACUGUCCAGGUCAGCAAGCAAGAUUCCAGUAAUAGACCAGAACCAAUGAAGCUCAAAUUACAGGGACUUCAGGCAACUGAUGAUGACAGUGCUGUGCCAGCAACAGUCAGUGGUAACUUUGUUCCCUGGAGUGCAAUGAUAUUCACAAGAAAUUCAGGUAGUAACAUAUCCGUAAGAGGAGUGAAAAACAUUGUAGCUAGAAGAAGUCAGCUGUUUGACCCAGGGGCUGAUCCAGUAAAACAAGGACAAAAGAUGGGUGGCAGGCAAGAAUAUAAAAAUCCAACUCCCACUAAACCAAGCCCUUCAAAUAAUCCUGUGGUUCUUACAGAAAAAUCUGAGGUUAAACUAAGGAAGAAAACAGCUAAUGUUGACAGUAGAUCAGUGAAGGCAAAGUCAAUGUUGUUUGAAAACUCUGGAGAACACCAGUUGACAUACCCGAUGUCAAAUGACAGAGCUUCUUGGCGUCAUAGCUGGGGGUCAGACAUCAUAACAAACUCUGGAGAAUUGUCCCAUAGACAAUCCAGAGAUAUUAUCUUGGAUAAAACUCCUUUAAAACCAAGGGCAGCAAGUGACACCCAAGCUGUUUUGAUAAACCAUCAAGACACCCUGAAAGAAACACAGCAACCUAUUUCUGCAAUUUCUGUUAAACAUUUGCCAACUUUUGAUCAGAAAGAAAAUGACCCCUCGAUUAUUGAAAGCAAGAAAGUGGAAAAGGUCUCUACUCAUAAAUUGACACCUGAGAACGAUACUCCAGAAAUAAAAGAUUCAACUUAUUCAUUAGGGAAGAUGAGUAAUGUCAAGAAUAUUAUAUCUUCAUGCAAUGGGAAGACAUUGGAAGUACCUCACAGUACAGCAAAACCAAUGGCCCCACCCCCUAAGCCUCCCAGAACAUUUGAACAUGAUAACUACAAAAUGAAAAGCUAUCUUUCCCUAAAACCAGACCCUGUUAGUCACACCAGUGCAUCAGACCAUGAGUAUGAAGAAAUAGAAGAAUAUACAGGGGACAAUACUGCUGUAUUCCACCACAAUAACCGACCUCUUCCAGUACCUCCCCCAAGACCCCCUCUCCUGCAAAGACACCAAGGAACCAAGAGAGAUCGGUUUAGCAUAGAAAUAGUAAACAGUCAAGAAAAAAGCAUUGCUAACAAGUCCCCAGGCAGGGAGAGACAUCGAAAUGUUAAGGAAGAAUGGAAGCCAAUUCACCUCAGCAAGCCUGAUAGAGAUGACAGUUUAAAACGCUAUGCAAGUGAUGAGUUUAUAUAUUCAGAGCCCCAGCUAGAACCAAUAGUGGAUUCCUACAUCUCAGGGAGUCCAUUCUAUGUAGAUCCAAUGGAACAUAUGAGUAUACAGUCAGGGGAGGCAAUGAAAGGGGAGUGUGGUUUGGUAGACAGACAGGUGAAGCUGGAUAAGUCUGGAUAUGCCAUCCCAGAGAGCAACACCCAUGUAGCACUGAAAGGGUCCCGCAGUUUGGAGAAUAAUGUGGUGAGAAGAAAUUCUAGCAGAUUGAAGGAGAGAAGGGCAAAAUUACCAGAUCCAAUGGAGAAUGAAAAAUUGUUCUUUAAGAAUAUGCACAACUAUAAUGGGACAGAUGCUCCAGUGAUGCGAAGAAAACUACCUCAGGUAAAGCAAAAGGUACGCCAAGCCUUUUCCAUUCUACGCAGGGCUGUGAAGUCUGGUAUAGAUGACGACCAAGAAGAGGAGCACAUCUAUGAUGAGGCACUGUCUGAUGAUACUGACAGUAUUUAUGAUGAGCAGGAAGUCCAGAAGAAGCUCACUUAUGUUCUUAGUCUCAAGGAAAAGAAGUAUGCAACUCUUGAGAGAACUAAAGAAUUUCAGGAGAAAAUUUACCCCCAGUUAUUUGAGUAUGCCAUGAUUGUGGAACUCCAGCCUGGAGCAGAUGGCAUGAUGAGACCAUGUGUGACAUACAGAUUUCCUCCCACAGUGGAAGAGAGAGCAGCUAUUCCUCAGUUUUGUUUCCCAGAUGCCCAGCAAAUGAAACCAAUGCUUCAGUAUGAAAGGUGUGACUUUGAAUUCUCAUGGAUCUUAGCCGUUGAGAGCUUUUCAUUUGUCUUAACUAGUGAAGAUGGAACACGGGACUAUGGUUUUUGUAGGAGAGUUCUGCCCCCAGGGAGUGAACCCAGGUUGCCUGUAGUGUACUGUAUAAUAAGUCCUCUUGGAGCCUUUGGUCUGUACACUCAGCUUCUGGAAGUUAUGGACAUAAUUCACUCUACUCAGCAAGAUUCACGUAGUGGAGUAACAGAAUUUAUUCAAGCAGCCUUUGGUAAACCUUUACCUAGCCCAGGGAAACUUAUAAGGAUUAGACACAUGGAUGAAAAUGGAGAAAUUGAAACACUUGAGCUGAAGAGAAGAUCAGACAACAGAUUAGAACAUGUGAAUUAUAAUAGCCUGUUCCAACACCUUGGCAUUCUUGAAGUGGUGAAGGUAUUUGCCUCAGUAUUACUGGAAAGGAGAAUUUUGUUCUGUGCCAAUAAAUUGAGUACAUUGACAGCAUGUGUGCAGGCCAUCACUGCGUUACUGUACCCAUUCACCUGGCAGCACACCUAUAUCUCUGUGUUACCUGAUGGUCUGAUUGACAUCUGCUGCAGUCCCACUCCAUACAUAAUAGGCAUUUUGUCUGCAUUCAAGGAUCAAUUGGAUGACUUGCCACUGGAAGAGGUUCUUAUUGUUGAUUUGGACAGUGGGCACCUGGAAAAUGCAAUAGGUGAUGAAGAAAAGAUUCUGCCAAAAAAAUGUCAAAAGGCCCUGAUCAUGGCUCUUGAAAUGGGCAAAGAAGAUGUAGAAAUAGCCAGCAAUUUGAUGAUCUCGGAAUCAUUCAUGCGUUUCUUUGUGGAAACAGUUGGUCAUUUUGAGGACCACAUUGGGCAACAGCAGGAUGGAGAGGUGUCAUUGCAGAAAGAAGCUUUCUCCAGAGCAGCCGAUUCUAAGACUUUGAGGAUGUUUCUAAGAUGGUUCUGUGAGACACAGCUGUUUGAAGUAUUUGUCAGACAGCAGGAAGAGGAACAGAGUGAAUUCAGUUUGUUUAAAACACGGAUUGCAGAAUACAAGAAAGAACUUGAGGAAAUGGGACCUUCUUUCAGAGAUAAUGUGAAAGAUUUUGGGAAUAAAGUAAAAAAUUUAGGGAAGCACAUCAAAAAGGCAUUUGUCCGUCAGAGUUCCGAAAAUUAAAUUUGCUCAACCAGGUCUUUGAGUCUUGGAUGUCUGGUCAGGCUGAAAAGAUGCAGGAGAACAAAAAUAAUUAAAAUUUAUGUAUAUAGGUCCUAACAGUGACUGAUGUCUUGGUACAUGAUAGUUUUGUUUAAGCUGUGUGCAUUCCAGUUUAAACUCAUUUCAAAAUAUCAAACUGGAAAAAGGUUAUUUAAAAAAAAUGAAUAAAUAAAAAGGCAGUUUGAUGUGAAGUUAAUAUAGAGAUUUAUUCAUCGUGUUAGUGAGCUGUGAAACGUUGUAAAUAAAUGACAGGGUACUUAAUAUAUGCGUGAAGCUAGAAUAUAUAAGCUAAAUAGAGGAUCAAUUGUACAGAAAUAAACACCUUCCAGCAUAAGGUAUUAUACAUCCAAGUAGUUUCAUUUCGAGUCAAUGGUCCCCUUGUUAAAUGUAAAUAUUAAUGAUGUAAAGUCUCAAUUGUUUAUUAUUUCUUUUUUAAAAAUGCAUUCCAGUAUUCCAGGUUGUUACAUAAUCAAGUUUAUGUCAUAAGAUCAGACCGUGCAGUCAAAUUGAUAGCAGUGUGGUGCAAGUUCCUUUAUGUCUCCUCCAUCCCAAACUUCCCUUUAUUAAACUGUAUAAUUAGAUAAAUGAUGUCUAUCUUUUACAUAGACUGCAUACCAGCACAUCUCCUGAUAGGAUGUGUAGGCGAAUAUUUAUUCAAAUAGCAUAAAUAAUUUCAGAUUAAUUUUAUUUUCAAUCUUUUAUUGAAUGUUUGUUGAUCACUGUUACAGGAAUGUAAUCAUAUGUAUAACAUGUUAUUGAUAUUAUGAGAUUUAUUUUUUCUGUUAAGGUCAAAAAUAUUUAAAUUUGUUUUAGAGUAAACAAGAGCUUUUUUUAAAUACUGACAUGCCAUAAAAACAUUACUUGAUAACCAGGGGCAAAGUGUUGCUUUUGUCAUAUGUAUAAAUAGAUUGAAAGCUCAAAAAAGCAUUUGUAUUUAAAUAACAUAGAGCAAUCUGUAUGUUCAUUCAGUCUGUAGCAUGUGCAAGAAAGGUUUUCUAUUGACAAUCUUUUGUUUACAAUAUUAUCAAUCCAGUUCAUAGAAUAAUGAAAACAGCAGGUUUUGUCUAUUUAUUGUUAACAUGGAUUUAAAAAUAUUAAAAAAUUGACAUUAAGUUGACUGUGUAUAUUUGGUAGAUAGCAUGCUUUCAAGUCAAUGUAGUAUUGAAAUAUUUUUGUGAAAAUCAAUUAUAUUGCUUUGCAUAAAAUCAUGUUUGCCAAAUAUAUAGUUGUACACAAAUUAAAUUGUACUUCCUUUAGCUAGUGUUUACCUAUAUUAUAGAUGUGCUUGCACGGUUGAAAGAAAUUUCAAUGUUCCAAUGCAGGUGCAUUUAUUGAAUGGGCAUUCCUUGUGCAGAUCUAAGAAAUAUUAGUAAUUCACUUUGUGCCCCAAUGAAUGAGAUUAAUUUCAUAAUGGAAAUGAAUUGGCAGAUAGUGUAUUAAAUGAUAAAAAUCUGUGUACUCAUAUGAUAUUAGCACAAGGUAUAAGAUAAUGACUGAUCUUUUCAAUGGGCAAAUAUUAUCAACUUUUCAGAUACAUAAUUUUAUAAUAACAAAAUUAUAUUUCUGUAUAGCAUUUGUGAUGCUUUUACUGCAUAGAAUAUGUUUAUAGAAUAACCUGCUUUUAAAUUUGGUUGCUACCACUCAGUAAAUGUGAUUUUAAGAAAUUAUGACGUAAAAAAUACAGUAUCUGUAAAAUUCACAAUUUUUCUCAAUUGAAAAGAGAGUAAUUAGUGUAACUUUUGGAAAACUGAUGCAAAAUCAUAAUUCCUCUCUUUGACAGUUUAUGUUAUUAUUUGCAUAAUUAAGCAAUGUGUCAUAAGAUAAACACUUCACACUUACACUACGUACUUCAGAAAACUUGGAUCAGUUCAUCAGAAUGAAUAGAUGGAAUAAAUAACCAAAGAUAAUGAGCAGUUCAUCAGAAUGAAUAGAUAGAAUAAUAGAUAGAAUAAAUAACCAAAGAUAAUGAAGAUGGAUUCAAUAUUUCUUGAAAGCAGUCACUUUUGAAUUUAAACAUUCAUGCAAUAGAAAGAAACGGGCAAAGCAUAACAAAUUAUCCAGAGCUAACAUACAAUUGUACUUAAGCUGGUCUUAAACAUAGUAGUUUAAUAAAGGAUGCAAACCCUUU